AAGCAUCACCCUCUUCCUUUCUUUGUUAGCGACAAAGAAGGACGACAAAGGAAAGCGACAAACCACGGACGAACACUCGCGUUAUGGAGUCGUCUAUAAAUCCUUCGACAAAAAAGCGCUCUUUCGAUCCCCCUAUCUCGCACUUAUCGAUCCCUCCAGAAGCUCCCUCGCUGUUACCCACUCGAAAUACGGAAGGCCCGGCAGACACCGACACCCACGAUGGUUUCGACUCCAAGUUUGAUCGAGAAUUCAAGGAUAUUGUGGGCGAAAAAUUGUCCGCAGAUGCCUUGAAGCAGUUAGAGGAUGUUUCGGGGGGGGAUAUUCAGAGAGGUAAUAUUCAUUCUGCUUUUUUUUUCUUUCCCACCUUUCGCUGCUGAUAUAUAUUAACGAUCAUCAAUUAUAGCUAUCAAUAUGUAUGGGAUUCUUAAGAUAUUGCUGCUAGCUUUUUACUGAGAUAUUUAGGUACUUUGACGGGUCUUGGAAAACAGCAGUCUCUAAGAAACGGAAAGUAUUUCACGAUAGAUCUCUGUUGGCAGCGGAUACCGGUAGUGCAAAACUACCUAAAAGUGUCCCCCCCAAGAUUUUUAUUGGGCAGUUUGGUGCAGAUGGGUGGGCUACCAAAAGCGGUACGAAAUUACUCUCCUUCGGUGAUGCGGUAAGAAUUGAACGCCAAAGAAUGCGGUUGGGAGAGGCUGUGUCAAGUGCCGGAGGAAAAUCGAAAGGAAAGGCGCCCGCUGCGGAGAGCUCACAACAGGGUGGGGUGCCGGGUAGUAGCCGAUCAGCGCCAUUGAGACAGCGCAAGACUCAGGACAUUAUCGUUCGGUUUACAAACUCUAAAGGGGAGGAGAUAGGUCGACUCUCUCAGGAUACCGCUAGUUUCAUGUCAACUUUAAUUGAUCAGAGGAUUGCAUACUUCGAGGGGAUUUGCAUCCAUGCCGCGGAUAGGAUCAGGACAAAUGAUACAAUAGAUUUGCAGCUUAAUUGCUACUUGUUGAAGGAAUCGUUUGAGAAUAGCAACUUUCGUCCUGCGGACACGAAUCGGGUUGCGGAUAUUUUUGCAGCUAAAGAAACUCAGGAUGAGAGAGUUUUAAGGUUAAGGCAAGUGGCGUUGGUGAAGUUUUUUCAAAAAAUGAAUCUUGAACCCAAAUCCACAAACCUUGUCACGCAAAGGCACAAAGCUGCUGGAAUUCUCCAAGCUGCGGAGAUUGCGGAGCAGCACGAAAUCAUAAAUAUCAGUACAGCAAAUAAAGCUCGGAAAACCAUGAUGAGUGAGGCAGUUGAUGAGUCUGGCGAUGAAGAAAGCUCUAUUGUUGAAGAAGGAAAGGAGUUGGAGGAGGAUCAACUCAAUGCGCUUUAUCGUUUGUUACACCUUCGAAUAUAAGUUUUCGGUCAAGGUUACUAACUUGUUUAUUUUUUUUCAGAGAAAGCGCAAUCCUUCAAUUCCGAUACCCCGGAAGCAGAGCCUGCUGACACUUUCGCAAUGAAUUUACGUCGGUACCAGAAGCAAGCAUUGCAUUGGUUUCUGAGCAAAGAGAAAAGCACGAAUGAUCGCGUAAACGAGUCGAUUCAUCCUUUAUGGGAGGAAUAUGAAUGGCCGAAUUCGGAGGAGGACCAUAAAAAAACUAUUCGUGACUUAGGUCAAGAUAACUUUUACGUUAACCCAUAUUCCGGAGAGCUCUCUCUCAAAUUUCCAAAGCAGGAACAGAAUUGCUUAGGUGGUAUACUCGCUGAUGAGAUGGGUUUAGGUAAAACGGGUGAGCUAUUCAUGCCUAUAAUAUAUAAUAAAGGGGUGCGGAAUCCGCUAAUGGUUAUAUAGUUGAGAUGUUGAGCUUAAUACACACCCAUCGUCCUGAGCCUCCGGGUUCUAGCCUACUUCCUGCCGGCAGUUUCGGUAGACUACAAAGGCAAAGCGAAGAAGUAAUAUCAGCUCCAUUUACAACGCUUGUUGUUGCUCCGAUGAGUCUGUUAGCUCAGUGGGAGUCUGAGGCUGAAGCUGCCUCAAAACCUGGAACUUUAAAGACUUUGGUUUACUAUGAUCUGCAGAAGAAACAGAAUCUCCAAGCAUUAUGUGGUGCUUCAAAUGCUGGAAACGCGCCGAACCUCGUUAUAACCAGCUAUGGAAUUGUACUUUCAGAGUUUGGCCAGGUGGUCGCUUCGGGUGGAAAGCGUGGUGCACAUGGAGGUUUAUUCUCUGUAAAGUUUCUCCGGGUUAUACUUGAUGAAGCGCAUCAUAUCAAAAACAGGUAAGUUGUUAUCUUUUAAUAGUAUCAGCUUGUCCAGCGGUAGUAACAGGAAAAAAGGACAAGUAAAUCAGCGAAGGCCUGUUAUGAGCUCAGUGCGGUUCAUCGUUGGGUCCUUACAGGAACGCCCAUCGUGAACCGUUUAGAAGAUCUUUUCAGUUUGGUAAGGUUUUUACGAGUCGAACCUUGGAGUAAUUUCUCCUUCUGGAAGACGUUCAUCACAGUACCCUUUGAAGAAAAGGACUUCAUAAGGGCUCUUGACGUCGUGCAAACGGUCCUAGAGCCUCUUGUUUUACGGAGAACAAAGGAGAUGAAAACUCUUGACGGGGAGCCCCUUAUUCCCCUUCCUAAGAAAACAACAGAGAUUGUAUACAUAAAGCUUUCCAAGGCGGAGCUCGAUGUUUACAGACAUAUUGAAGCUAGGGCAAGAAGUGACCUUGCCCGCAGUAUUGAGGUAGGUGUUGCUUAAAGGUAAACGAGAAAUAGGAUAUAUUGUGUACUGACAGUUUAUAGAUGGGAACGGUUUUGAAGUCGUAUACUAACAUAUUUGCACAUGUCCUGCGGCUUAGACAAGCUUGUUGUCAUCCGGUAUUGAUCAGGAAGAAAGAGAUUGUCGAUGAUGAGAUAAUUGCCGAAGCGGAAUAUGAUGCUGCUAAGGGAUUCAGCGAUGAUAUGGACUUGAAUGCUUUGAUAGAUCGGUAUUCAGCUCAAGAAAAUGAUGCAUCACCUAAUAUUUAUGGUGCGAAUGCUCUCAAAGAGAUAAGAGAUAACGUAGAAAACGAAUGUCCCAUGUGCCUAUCGGAUCCGAUUCCAGAUCAAACUGUAACAGGGUGUUUGCAUGCAGCAUGCAAAGGCUGUUGGAACCAAUUGAUUCAGGUAAGUCAAUGAUUUUUGCUAGAUGGUAGACAGUACAAAUGUAUUGUUGCUAACAUUUCAGCAGGCCGCAAAGGUUAAGCAAGAAUUGCCCAAAUGCGUAAAGUGUCGUGAACCGAUCAAUGAGCGGGAUCUUUUCGAGGUCAUAAGAAACGAUUCCUCACCUGAAGAGGCUCAGCCUGGUAACUCUCAGGGGCUGGCCGACAUAACUCUACGCCGAAUCAACUCUCGCUCGUCUGCAAAGAUCGAAAUGCUAAUUGAGAAAUUGACGGAGACCGAGAAAUCCGACCCAGAAAGGAAGAGUUGUGUUUUUUCCCAAUUCACAACCUUUCUUGAUCUUAUAGAGAAGGAGCUGCAGAGGUAUGGUGUCUUAAGAGAUGUUUGGGUAUUUGAUAUAUUAUGACAAAACUAACGUGAAAUCGUAGGCGUCGGAUCAACUUUCUUCGUUUUGAUGGAUCAAUGUCACAGCAAAAGCGUACUGAAGUCGUUAGUGCUUUCAAAAUGAACCAGGGCCCCAAUGUCCUUCUACUGAGCCUUAGAGCUGGCGGAGUAGGGCUCAACUUGACAACCGCAAGUCAGGUUUUUAUGAUGGACCCUUGGUGGAGCUUUGCUGUUGAAGCUCAAGCGAUCGAUAGAGUUCACAGAAUGGGUCAAAACUCCGAGGUGAUGGUCUACAGGUUUGUCGUCGAGGGCACUGUAGAGGAGAGAAUCGUGCACACUAUUCAAGCAAGGAAGAAGUUUAUGUAAGAAGCCCUAUUCCAUGCCGGAUGCUCUCCUUCCUACUAACGUUUCUUUUACUUCCGGUAGCGCCUCCUCCUUAGGGAUGAUGAGUGAUGAAGAAAAGAAGAAGGCAAGAAUGGAGGAUAUCAAGAUUCUUCUAGGUAAAUAAGUAUAUAGCGGGAGUGGAGCAUAGCGUCUUGGUAUUUGCUGGAUGAGAAGAGGUUUCAUAAGGUUCAGGUUUUCAUUUCUGUUCUUUGCUUUUUUUUUCUUGUAUCAAGUCUGCGGCUGUGAUUGCGUACAGUCCAAAUAAUCAGCUAUGAGCUGUAGAUUUAAUACCACAAUUCCUUUCCCCUUCUGAAACAGUUUAUGAUUUACGAUAAAAACAGCGGCGCUCCGGACGGUUCAGUGUUUUUGGCUUUGUUACUUGCUGUUGGUAUAACAUUUUUGCUUCUUAUUUUACAGUGUAGAAUAGGACAAUUUCCAUGGUGGCGGGGUGUGAUAAAGUUCAUUUGUUGCAUUUUAUAUCUAUCAUAGCUAUAACCAAUUAACAUGCGAUACCGUGCAAUGAAGUCUUAUUGGA